UGCCUGAGAACCAAGAUGUAGACCUCUCAGCUCCUUCUCCAGCACCACGUCUGCCUGAACACAAACAUGUCCCACCAUGACUACAAUGAACUGAACCUCUGGGCUGUAAGCCGGCCCAGUUACAUGUUUUCUUUAUAAGAAUUGCUAUGGUCAUGGUGUCUCAUCACAGCAAUAGGAACCCUAAGACGACUGUCAUCUUAAAGCGACCGCAGUGCGUUGUGAUGAGGGUGUCAGAGAGGAUUGAGGUCAGGAGGAGUGAACUAAAAGCAUCAGGACAGCAAUCGGUUGGAGCUCUGUAGAGGACACACAAGCUGAUUCAUGGAAGUGGAAGAGGAUUUUGUGAGAUGAUGAGGAAGAGGCCAUGUGACGUAGAAAGAAUAUGUGGGUGACGGCCACCCUGUGUAAAAGAGUGUAGCCUUCUCUGGGAUCUUUGUGCAGAUUGGAACGAUUAUAGCAGGGAGUUGGUAAAUCACACUGUCAGAAAGUAGCCAGUUACAAACAAAAUGAGUAUUCCGGCUCUGCUGCUGCAUCCUUACCAGUGGUUACUAAACAGCCUGAGGGUGCCUUCCCGGCGGCUUCACAGCAUCCUUCACUCAGGGCGACACCCCGCACCCCGAGCCCCACGUGCUGCACUGUGGAAGCCCUCUGGACACCAUUGUACUAAGUGGAUGCUGCUGUCCGGUGGCCGGAGGAAUGCGUUAUGUAUCCAGGCGACCUUGAGGGACCACACAGAAGGACUUUCUGAUAAAGAACAAAGAUUUGUGGAUAAGCUUUAUACGGGUUUGGUCAGCGGGCAAAGAGCUUGCUUAGCGGAGGCCAUCACUCUGGUGGAGUCCACUCACUCUCGGAAGAAAGAACUGGCUCAGGUUCUUCUUCAGAGAGUCCUAGUCCACCGCCGAGAGCAGGAGCGGCUCAACCAAGGAAAGCCCCUCACGUUUCGAGUAGGACUGUCUGGGCCCCCUGGCGCAGGGAAAUCAACCUUUAUAGAAUACUUUGGGAAAAUGCUGACUGACAGAGGGCACAGACUGUCUGUGCUAGCCGUGGACCCGUCCUCAUGCACCAGUGGUGGAUCCCUCUUAGGUGAUAAAACUCGGAUGAUUGAGCUAUCAAGAGAUAUGAAUGCAUACAUCAGGCCGUCUCCAACCAGUGGGACUUUAGGAGGUGUGACAAGGACCACAAAUGAAGCCAUUCUGCUGUGUGAAGGAGGGGGUUAUGACGUCAUUCUUAUUGAAACUGUCGGUGUGGGGCAGUCGGAGUUUGCUGUUGCUGAUAUGGUUGAUAUGUUUGUUUUAUUGCUGCCACCGGCAGGAGGGGAUGAACUGCAGGGCAUCAAAAGGGGCAUAAUUGAGAUGGCGGAUCUGGUCGCUAUAACUAAAUCUGAUGGAGACCUGGUCGUGCCAGCCCGCAGGAUCCAAGCCGAGUACGUGAGCGCACUGAAGCUGCUCCGCAGGCGCUCGGGCGUCUGGAGACCCAAGGUAAUUCGCAUCUCUGCCAGAAGUGGAGAGGGCGUCAGUGAGAUGUGGGACACGAUGAGGGAGUUUCAGCGCGUGAUGCUGGCCAGCGGGGAGCUGAGCACCAAGAGGCAGCAGCAGCAGAAAGUCUGGAUGUGGAAUCUCAUUCAGGAGAACAUCCUACAACAUUUCAAGACCCAUCCAAGCAUCCAAGAACAGAUUCCUCUGAUGGAGAGGAAGGUGCUCAGCGGGGCCCUCUCCCCAGGACUGGCCGCAGACCUACUGCUGAAAGCUUUUAGAAGCAAACACUAAUAAACCUAUCCUGUACAACCA